AUGCAUUGGUUUGCACUUACAGCUGUUGCAUUCGGGACUAUUGUCUCUGCAGGUGUCCCCAAUCGUGCCAAUCAAGCUUUGACUUUUGGACGCGAUGGAACCUUUCAGAUCUCCAUCUUUGAAGAUCUUCACUACGGAGAGGCUCCCAGUACCUACGGGCCUACCCAAGAUGGCCUUACUUCAAAGGUCGUGUCCAGGAUUCUCCGAGAUGAGCGUGACAUAGAUCUUGCCGUCAUCAAUGGUGAUAUCAUCUCUCGUGAUAAUCUCAUGCCUAACAGCACCGGUUACCUCGACCAAGCCCUGAAGCCUCUUGUUGACCGAGGAAUGACCUGGGCUUCGGUAUACGGAAAUCACGAAAACAACAACAUGCGAAAUGUCAAGGAUGUCUUCCGUCGUGAGAAGCGAUUCCGAGGAUCUCGCACUCUCUCCAUGGUUCCAGGCAAGGACGUUGGUAUUACAAACUAUUACCUUCCUGUUUAUGAUUCAAAGUGCACCCGCGGUCAUCGUUGUGUUCCCAAGCUCAUCCUGUGGUUCUUUGAUAGCCGCAGCGGCUUCAACUUUAACGACUUGGAUGAACAAGGAAAGCAAGUGCAGCGUGUGAACUGGGUCGACAAGAAGGUUGUCAAGUGGUUCAUCAAAGAGCGCAAAAACAUUGAGAGAAAGUACAGGACGACCAUCCCGUCUUUGGCCUUUGUUCACAUCCCGCCCAACAUCUUCUACGCUGUACAGAAGGAUGUAGGCAUUGACCCGACCCGCAACCCUGGAAUCAACGACAUGUUCCAGCUGGGCCAGGGUGAGAAGUUUUGCGCGAACGGUACGAGAAGCGAUGGUUGCACUUGGGGUGGCCAGGACAUUCCUUUCAUGGAUGCUCUCGGUUCGACUCGCGGCCUGAUGGGUGUCUUCGUGGCUCAUCACCAUGGAAACUCCUGGUGCUAUCCAUGGACCGACAAGAGCUUGCCUGGCUAUCCCGUGCAACCUUCGGCUGGGGGCUUGAAGAUUUGUUAUGGCCAACAUACAGGAUACGGAGGCAAUGGAGACUGGGAGCGUGGCUCUCGACAGCUGCUUCUGCGUCAAGACCGAAUCAAGAAGGGCGAGCUCGAGACUUGGAUCCGUCUUGAAACCGGAGAGGUUGUUGGAGCUGUGACUCUUAACAGGACCUUUGGCCAGGACGAGUAUCCCCAAUCGCCCAACAGAAAGACUUUCUGCGAAGAGUGUAAGUUUCCCUCCAGACUACGAUGA